CCGCCGCCAGCGGACGGACGAGCGGUUCUGAGCGCAGCCACAACUUGUUUUCCCAUCGCUUGGCUGGGGUUCAGGCCGCCAGCGCCCCACCCUGCAGGAAGUUCUCCCGGGGAGCCUCCCCCGCUGCCCCGCGUGGAUCGGCCCGGCCCCUCGGAGCCUCCCGCCUUCUCCGGGCAGGACAGCAGAGCGCGGUCGGCGGCGCCUGCAGCAGCGGGCGGUGUGGUUCCCACAGUCCCUGAGCAGCCUGCAGAAGCAAUGGAGAAUCAGAUAAAAUCGCCAACUGCAGCGCCUGCCGCCCCUCCUGACUACAACUCUCAUUUUGUACCAGGUAAGAACACAGGCUCUGCUGGACCAGCUGUCACUCCCUCUGCUGGCUUGUCAGUUGGAUACUACGUUCCCCAGCAGCCUGGUACCACCCCUUUGUACCAACCCACCGGGGGCACCCAUGCUAUCCAGUACCAGCCUGGCAAAUACCCUGUGACUCAGCAUGCUCCUGUGAUGUGGAUGCCAGGGCCAGCUCCUAUACCCAACUGCCCUCCUGGUCUGGAAUACUUAGCUCAGUUGGACAACAUACACGUUCUUCAGCACUUUGAGCCUCUGGAAUGGAUGACAGGUUAUGAAACUAAUAAUAGAUAUGACAUCAAGAACAACGCAGACCAGAUGGUCUACAUUGUAACUGAAGACACAGAUGACUUUACCAGGAAUGCCUAUCGGAACCUACGGCCCUUCGUGCUCCGGGUCACUGACUGCCUGGGGCGAGAGAUCAUGACCAUGCAGAGGCCCUUCCGGUGCACCUGCUGCUGCUUCUGCUGCCCCUGCGCAAGGCAAGAGCUGGAAGUGCAAUGUCCUCCUGGUGUCACCAUUGGCUUUGUUGCAGAGCACUGGAACCUAUGCAGAGCCACUUACAGCAUCCAGAAUCAGAAGAAAGAGAACGUGAUGAGAGUGCGUGGUCCAUGCACAACCUACGGCUGUGGUUCAGAUUCUGUUUUUGAGGUCAACUCUCUGGAUGGAGGAUCUGACAUUGGCAGUAUUAUCAGGAAGUGGAAUGGCUUUCUAUCAACAAUGGGAAAUGCUGACCACUUUGAGAUCCAUUUCCCCAUGGACCUGGAUGUGAAGAUGAAAGCAAUGAUUUUUGGCUCUUGCUUCCUCAUUGACUUCAUGUACUUUGAAAGCACUCCUCCUCGACGUUCAUCACUAUAGAGGGAUCAAGAGAAGCAUCGAUUGAAGACAAAAUUACAGAAAUUUUCAUUGGCCUCACAUCCAACCUUCAGUUAUUUGCAAGCAUAUAUCUUGGCCUGACACGUGUCUCAGUUGAGUAUUUCGUUUCCUGGGACACUCGUUUAUUCUGAAAUAUCUGCCUCCAUUAGCCAUGUAAACAAUACAACCAUUAAAACUACAGGUACAUGAACAUGAAGUCCUUAGUUCUCAACAGGCCAUAACACAUCUUCUACAUCUGCUCCUUCCUUCUCUGUCUAGAGGGCAAACUUCUUCCCAGGUGAGAUGUCUGCUUCUCUUCCUCUUUCGGACUGAAAAGGCACACAGAAAUAAUGUGCCAGGAGAAUGUUCUCCUGUGUGCAAGUAUGAGAUUAUCAUUCUGCAAUGUGCAGGAAAGCUCAGAAAGCUCUCAAGGGGAAAUUUAUUUUAUUACAAAAUAAGAUGUAUUCUCUUAUAUUUCCCAUGCAUAGUUUUUCAUGCCCUCAGCUGGACAAAUUGAAACUACCUAUUUCUGAAGGCAGGAUGAGGCUACCAGAGAAAGUUGACCAAGGCCACAGCCAAGUAAGAUCUUCGCAUCUUAAGGCUUUGGUACGUAAGCAAAAACUUACGUAUAUUUACUUACUCACCCCAUUUAGCAAGACCCCUCUUGUCCACACAUGCCUUGUAUCAGAAUGUUUAUCCUGAUGUCUGGGAUUACCUAUUGUAUCUUUGUAUUUCAUUUGACAUAUUUUUCACAACUAGUCUAAUGAUCAGGAUGUCCUAAUGACAAACACUUUAUAAAACCUGUAUGUAUAAAUCCUACCAUUAUUUAACACCACUUGACUGUUUUACAUGUUCUACACAAACCGUAGGAAAACACAGAAUGUAUGUUGCUUCCUCAUUUUCUCCAGAUUGUCAGUGAGGCCUAUGGGAGACCAACAGAGUGCUUACUUGUACUAAGGAUGGCAUAUGUAUGACUAAGCUGAUUAAUGAGUCUCUCUCAUUGGCUUCUUACCUCCAUAUAGACUGUGUUCUUUCAUGGAGACAUUCUUUUAGAGUUUUUGAAAUAAGUUCUCUUGGGUUGAGGUAUCCUGAGAGAAGAGACUUAGCCUGCAGUUCUUUUUGAAAUAUAAAAAAAAAAACAAAAACAAAACAAAACAAAACCAGGUGCUUCAUUUCUCUUCAAAAAACUAAUGACAUUAUAUUUUAAAAUGCAACUCUAAUUUUAGCUAGACAUACGAGUUUUCAGUAUGGUAUCUUCAAUUUUGCAUAUAGACCAAAUAGAGAGCAUUCAGACAGCUUCUGUAUGAACCUAUUGUUUUUCCCUGUCCACACCCCAUACCAAUCCUUGCAUUACUGUAAUGGUAAAGGUCGGGACACUUUACAUUUCGUGUUUCAUAUUUUAGUGCUGGCAAUACCAAUACUUCUCUAAUAGCAAAAUCUUUACGCAUUAUCAGGUGUCAUUUUAAUAUAAUUCAUGCAGUUUCUGUAUGUCAUAGUGGAAUUUCAUCGCUUCAAUUCGACCAAAUUAACAGACCCUUUUUAUUUUUAAAGUUGAGUGUUUUCUUGUCCCCUCAGGUUUCUUGUCCAUUCAUGUUUCUUAGAUUUUUAAAUAAAUACGUAAGAGAACUAAGA